UAUCGCGGAGUUUUCGCGCCCAAACUCGUGAAGCAAUCUUUAAUAUCUUACGUAAAAUAUUAAAUACUUUCAACGUCAGUGUCUAUGAUUGUUUCAGAAAAUUCCGAUGUGAUUAUGUAAUAUGGGUUGAGUAUUGUGUUGUGGUCUUGUUUAAUUAAUAUUAAUGUGAACUUGUUUUUUGACCGUGUUUACUAUACAUUGGUUCCUAGUGUAAAACUAUCAGAUGACCCGGGCAAAGGAAACGUCUGAAAUAUGGCGUACCAAUAUGUGACACGAUCAGAUAAUAAAAUGCCACCGAAGAAUGUAAUCUCUAAAUGGCUUCGAGCGAAACAAGGAAAACAUAAACACUCGCCAUGGCGCUAGUGGGCGGAUAACCAUUUGGGAAAUAUGAAUGCUACCGAUCCAGAAAUAUUGGUGGCAAGGGGCCAACUGGACAAUUUGCACAGAGGGCCCGAAUAUACUGUAGAGCAUGGCGCAGCUUUCAACAUCGCCCUUGAACUCAACGCCUCCCUUGAAAAUAUCUCAGCGUUCAACCUUACGGAAGAUGUAUCAGAACCUUGGGACGAAUACAUUACAUUAUUACAAGAUAGAGCUCUCCUCGUAACAUUUCUCCUACUUUUCUCACUGACAACUGUUUUCGGCAACAUGCUCGUAAUUCUUGCUGUCAUAAGGGAACGAUAUUUGCACACAUCUACAAACUACUUUGUGACGUCACUCGCUGUUGCCGACUGCCUUGUUGGCUUAGUUGUGAUGCCUUUUUCUGCUUUAUAUGAAGUUUUGGAGCACACUUGGUUCUUUGGAGUGGACUGGUGCGAUGUAUGGAGGUCGCUAGAUGUAUUAUUUAGUACAGCAUCUAUAUUAAAUUUGUGUGUGAUAUCUUUAGACCGGUAUUGGGCCAUAACGGAUCCUAUUACUUAUCCAAUGAAAAUGAGUGGUCGAAAGGCUGCGUUUCUCAUAGCAGCGGUUUGGGUUUGUUCUGGAAUGAUAUCCUUUCCGGCUAUUGCUUGGUGGCGAGCCGUCCGCUUGGAACAAGUACCGGACUACAAAUGCCCAUUCACGGAAAACUUAGAAUACAUUAUAUUUUCAUCAACUAUAUCCUUUUAUUUACCACUUUUUGUGAUGGUGUUCACGUACUAUCGUAUAUAUCGUGCCGCGACUAUACAGACUCGUUCUUUGAAAAUAGGUACGAAGCAAGUGAUGCGGCCGAGUGGGGAGUUAGAGUUGACUUUAAGGAUACAUAGGGGUGGAACUAUGAGACAAAGGACAGAUAUGUGUCAUGGUGCAUGUACUCCGGAAGAACACGAUCAGGAGCCGCUGACUGCGUUACAAAACAAUGGACUGUCUCGGUCAUCAACCAGAUUAACGAACGUUACUCAUAAUAAACAUUUACAUAAAAACUUUUCACUUUCACGAAAACUUGCAAAGUUUGCGAAAGAAAAAAAGGCGGCGAAAACUUUGGGUAUAGUGAUGGGGGUAUUUAUAGUGUGUUGGUUACCGUUCUUUGUGGUGAAUCUGCUCUCAGGAAUCUGUUCAUCAUGUAUAGCCCACGAGGAGAUAGUGAACGUCGUGGUUACGUGGCUGGGAUGGGUCAACUCCUCGAUGAAUCCUGUUAUAUAUGCGUGUUGGAGUAGAGAUUUUAGAAGGGCCUUCCUACGGAUAUUAUGUGUAUGUUGUCCAAGAAAAUUGAGACGAAAAUAUCAACCACAACUACGUUUCAAGCAAUCACAGUAUCCAGUGACAACAAUGAUGUAUUCUUCAGUGUCACAACACGAAAUGUGUCGUUUGUGACAACAGGCUCGUACGGGGACGUGCCGCACACGACCUCGCACCCAUUGCUCCUGAUGCACAGAACGCCGUUCCGCACGGAAUGGCACACAGACAGACGAUCCCGUACAAUGUGAAAAACUAUCGAGCUACCCGGAUUCUGAGUCUGUCAGUGAAGUGAGUUUCGAAAGUGAAAGCCGUAAUCAUUCGUUUAAACGUAAAGUGAGCAAGCGUGUCACUUAUCAAACUAAAGCUGAAGUGAUCGCAAGUUAACUUCGAUUUAAUAUUUAACUAGUGUUUAGUGGAGAAUUGAGUGGACUACUUUGUACUUAAUAAUAUAUGUAAAGAUGGAUAGCUACAGAUUAUGUCAUGGCAGGCUCGAUUUCUUAUAACUUCACAUUGCAAGACAAUAUGAUCAGCCGCGAUCACUUACUAUCAGGCACAAUAAACACCUAGACGAUGAAAAAGGUCAAAAAAUAUCCGAGCGGCAUUGUAGAUACGUAUACGUAUUAACUUAUACAGAUAACAUUAAAACAUUCAUUCAAAUUAACACCUUGUUUCGUGGCAGUAAUGUUCAAAGUCUAAUGUAUACGCUCGUUAGAAGCUCUAACGCGAACACGAGUCAUGAACAUUUUGAUUUAGCAAUUGAAAUGUAAUGUAUUUAGCAAAAUGAUCAAAACCUUCAAGUUAAUUACACAAUUCUGUUAAUUUUAAAGGGAAUACGACACUCCAAUCUUUUGAAGUUUGGAUUUGAUGGUAUUUGGACAGUUUUUCACUGAACACUAUGUCACUGCGUGGCGUUUUAUUCAAAGUGCGGUGGAAACACGACUGAACGAAAACUCUGCCUAAUAGAAACGUAGGUGGAGUUUUGUUUCAGACAAUUUUUGAACGUAAUUGUGAGUCUAGUUGUUUAUUGUACGUCAAUACCAUCAGGUGAACCGUACGCUCCGCCAAUUCCAAAAAUAUGGUGUAAUGUAGUCAUUGAAAACAAUAUGAGAAUAAAAAUGUACACACUUAGAUGAAGUAUUGGUCUCUGCUGCGCUCCAACUAGAUACUAACUCCAUACUACUAGAACCACACUACUUAAGAACAAUAUAUAUAAUACGGCAACUAUUAGAUGCUUGUGUCCGUUGCAUUUUGACACUCAAUGGCAUCUUUAAAAUUUUGUAACAUACGUUUCGUGUUAUUUUACAUUGAUAUUAAUAAAAUACAAAGUACUUACUCAUGAUAUGUGUUGCCAGUGACUUUCUUAUUUCUUGUAUUAUUAUUUUAACAAAGUUUUACUACGCACUCCGGCAUUUUAGUUUCAAUUAUUAGCAAAGUUGUUCAAGUCAUACAUUUGUUCGAGACUGGCUCAAGUACGCCCAAUUGGGCGUUAUAUUAGUUGCCGCACUUUGCGACUACGCCUGCGGUAUCUAGUUGGAGCGCAGCGGAGACUAAUCCAUAAUC